AUGGCCGCCGGCGCCGGCGCCGGUCAAGGGGACAUAUCCGGAGGCGAGUCGGAAGGGGAAGAGGAGACUAUCAUGCUUCGCGGCCGCAGCAAGAACCGGCAGGCUGUGGAGCUGAUUAUCAAGCAGGAGAUCUGCGCGCUUAAGAACGCCCGGCCGAAGAUCACGGCGGCCGGGAUCUGCCAGGUGCUACGCGCAAAAUACGGUAACUCCACCGUGCGAGAGUCGCAGAUCCCGCGCAUCCUGCGCGACGAGCACAAGUGGGGGCGCGCGCCCGCGAACUUCAAGCGCGUGAGGCAGCCGCAUAACGUGCGGCUGGAGGAGGCUCUGGCCAUGUGGGUGCGGGAUAUGAAGGCGCGAGGCGACUUCCGAGUGACGUGCGAUCGCAUCCUGGAGCAUGCGAAGGACAUUGGUCCGUCCCUAGGCGUUCCCGCUUCCUUCAGAUACAGCCGCGGGUGGAUCUCGCGCUUCCUCAGGCGCUGGGGGCUCACACGCAAGGCAGUGGAAGCAGCAAGGGAGGCCAAUUUCAACCCCCUAGACCCCUCCUCGGGCCCCUCUCAUGGCGGUGGGGGAGGCACUGACAGCGCCGCACACAUCAUUGACAGCAGGAGCCUAAUGGAGCUUGCAGACGAACAGCUAGAUCUGGAGGAAGCUGCUCGCCGCGCAUCUGAGCCGUCGGAUUUGCUCGCUGAGCUGACAGAUGAGGAUAUUCUAGCCGCCGCGGCGAGCAUCCCUGCGGUGGGGAGCAGCGUCGUGGUGGCCGUGGCAGGAUCCAGGGGCGGGCAGUAUGCUCCUGGACCUGGGGGAGCUGGGGGGGGCGGCAUGCACUAUGCUCCUGGGGCUGGGGGGGCUGGUGUGGGGGGGAUGGGGGGUGAGGGAGAGUCCGUUGGGGAGGGGCAGCUGCAGGCUGUAGCGGAGGAGGUGCUUCUGGGGCUGGACGGAUCUGUAGCACGGGCGCCAGCUCCUGCUGGUGCUUCUGGCGCUGCUGGUGCUGCGGGUGCAUACGCGCCUGGCUCACACAUGCUUGUGCCAUCCGGAACUACCUUCUCUGCCUCUCAAGGCCCAUACACGUCCUCUGCCCUCGCCCACCUCUCUUCCGCGCCUCCCCACGCUCCCCAUCCCUCGCCGCCGCCCCCCCAGCGGCGGCGCAACAUCACAGUGAAGCUGAAGCGCGCCAUCUGCGUGCUGAAGCGCGCCAAGCCGCGCCUACGCGCGUCCGCCAUCAUAGACGCCGUGCGCGCGAGCACGGGGAUCUCCCUGGGCACGCACCAGGUCUCGCGCAUUCUCCAGGACAGCGACCGUUGGAUGCGCGCUCAGGCCAACGCGAACGCCGUCAAACGCGUGCGGGACCCUGAGAACGCCGCACUAGAGGAAACCCUAGCUGAGUGGGUGAAGGAGAUGCGGGCGAAGCAUGGCGAGGCGAUGGUUACCAGGGACGAUAUGAUUGACCAUGCGAAGAGGAUCGGUCCCGGUGACGAGGAUAAUUUCCUUCGUCUGGUGGAGGAGCAGCUUGCUGAGAUUGAAAAGGCAGGCGGCAAGGCAGCCAGGGCUGCGAUUGUAUGGGGCGAAGGGGGCGAGGGGGCCGAAGGGGGAGCAGGAGAGGGCGGAGGAGCAGGAGAGGGCGGGUCUUCCGAAGGGGAGGAUACCGGGGACGAGACGGAUAUAGGGGAAGGCGGGGGUGAGAGGCGCCAGCGGUACGGUCCCGGGGUGUUCGGAGCGGUUGGGAGCGGUGACGGGCCGGGAGAUGCACUUGAUGUAGACGCGGACGGGAUCAGAAGGCGGCGGAUGGUCCAAGUAAAGGUGAAACGGGCGGUGUGUGCGCUGAAACGAGCACGGCCUGAGCUCACUAGCAGGGAGAUCAUAGACGCAGUGAGGGUGAAAUACGGAGUGGAUUUGCCCCCGUCGGCUGUGCCGCGGAUUUUGAAGUAUGACGAGAGGUGGCAGCAGGCUGGCGCGGCGGCGUCGUGCCGGGUAAGGUCGUGCAUGAAUUCGAAGCUGGAAGAGGUGCUGGCGGCGGCUGUGAGGCGGGCGCUGGCCCGUGCUGCUGGUGAGGCGGGUGAGGGUGUGAAGGGGAGUGAGGGCGGCGAGGGUGGUGAGGGUGGUGAGGGAGGGGAGGGUGUGAAGGGGAGUGAGGGAGCGGAGGGGGCGGGGGCGGCGGGGGGAGAAGGCGGGGAGGAGGGCCCUCUGCUAGGCGUAGCACCUGGAUUCCGCUACUCCAAGGGGUGGGUCUGCCGCUUCCUGCAGCGCUGGGGCUUCGGCAGCAAGCAUCUUAAGAGCGGAGUUCUAGGGGUGGUGGCUUCUGGGGGGAGUGCUAUGGGGGGUGAUAGGGGCGGGGAGGAAGGGGAUGCUGGGGAGAAUGGGGACGAGGAGGGGAGGGAGGAGCGGGAGGACCGGGAGUUGCAGGAGUUGCUGAGUAUUGUGGAUGAGCAGGCGGCUGAGCAGGCGAGAAUGGAGGCGAUGUACGGGUGGGGGUAUGGGGGAGGGGGAUAUGGGGGAGGUGGGUAUGGGGGAGGCGGGUAUGCGGGGUAUGGAGGAGGGGAGACAGGCUCGGGAGGUACACCUGGGCAGGUGCCGUUUGCAGUGGGUGUUCCUGCGGCUAGGCUCGGGAUUAUUCGCACGCCCGAAGCUGCAGCUGCGGCUGCCGCGGCUGAGGCGGCGGCUUGGGAGUAUGCUUCGGGCGGGGGUGCUGGGGGGAUGAGGAAGAGGAAGAGGUUUGGGGUUGGGCCUGGUGACGUGGCAUUGCAUAAUAGGUCGAGAUCUCACUUCUGGGAUUUGAUGGUAACGGAGAUGGCAGGGAAGGGAGAACGAGGAGGGGGGCAGGGGGGAGUGGAAGGGGGGAUGCGGAGUGGUGGGGAGGUGAAAGCAGAGGAGGGUGGGGAGCGGGGAGGGCAUGUGGGUGUGGAGGAGGGGGUGGUUGGGAUGGAGGUGGAAGAGGGUGAUGGGAAGCUUAGGGAGGAACAUGCACUUGCUGCAGGACCAGGAGGUGCCGCUGCUCCUGUGGCGGAGUCAGCAGCUGCUGACACCACUGCCGCUGCUGCGCCUCCUGCUCUUGAUGCUGCUGCUGCUGCUUCUGCUGCUUCUGCUGGUCCGACUGCUUCUGCUGGUCCGACUGCUGCUGUUGGUCCGUCUGAUACAGACAUCACUGCGGUCGUCUCGGAUUCCGACGAGGAGGGCGACGAGGGGCAACAGGGUAACCAGCAACGGCGACGAGAGCGACAGCGUCGCAAGGCGCUGGGGGGGGAUGCAGCCUCCGCGGAAAUAACGAGUCUAGAGCGUCAGGCGGAGCAGCAACGGCGGAAGAACCACGCGGAAGGAGCGGGUGACGGCAAGCGGGGCGGUCCUCCAGGCGGAAACAGCCUUGCGAGAAGUUAUAGCGUUGACUCGGUUGACUCCGUUGACUCGCUUGACCGCGACGAAUCUAUCUGCUCGCCCCGCUCCGUUGACUCCCUUGACCUUGCCUCCCCUCGUUCCGUUGAGUCGGCGGAACCGUACGAUUCUGCUAAUCUGCCCGUCUCCGCGCAUCCUGGUACGCGCAAGUCCAAGGCGCACCACAGGCGGAGGGGCUCGCGCGGAUCGUCGCGCCUCAGCAAGUCCGAUUCCGCCACUUACGCCGACGGGCGCGUCGCUCCCGACGCUGACGUGGGACCCGCGACGAGCGGGAAUGGACACGUCAGCGCUGCAGCGCUGGCAGCCGCGCACGCCAAGUCAGCUGGAGAAUUAUCAUUGGGAGAAGACGGAGCGUUGCGAGAAAGAAGGAGCAUGGGGGCGGGAAUGGGCAUUGGGGGGCUUGGGGAACCAGGCGGAGGGAUGGGGAGGGGAAGGGGGAUGUUAUCGGGAGGCGGAGCACCAUUACCUCCUGUGAAACUACCUGCGCCUGGUGGCGGACGCGUGAGUAUAGGGGGAAGGAGUGGAGGAGGCGGGGGGAAUGAGGUCGGGGGAAGCGUUGGCGCAGGCGUGGGGGCACAUUGGGUUUUCCUGGGCAGCAAAGAAAUUACCGAAGCUGCUUCCAUGGCUCCAUUCCAAACCUUCGCCGCUGCUAUGGCGGUUGCCGAGCCUUCGGCCGAGGCUGCUGCCGAAGCUGCAGCCUCGUUGCAGCCAGGGUCCCCUGUGAGGCUGCAGCGUGUGCUCGCUGCUGUGUCACGAGCGCUAGACAGAGCCAGUGAGGAGGCAGCAGCAGGGAGGGAGGGUGGUGCAGGGGUACAGGUGAGUGAUGCUGAGGCGAGUCAAAAAGAGGGAGAGGUGAAUGUUGUGGCGACUGAUAAGUCGCCUCGAGUGCUGGUUCCCGCGUCAGCUGCGCUAGACAGUGAGAGUGUGGCGGCAGCAGAGAAUGGGGGCUUCGUGGAGGGAGAAGCUGCAGCAGGGAAAGAGGUCUCUGCGGCGGUAGAACCAGCAGGAGGGAUAGAUGAACGUGCAACGAAAGGAGCAGUUGCAGGGAAAGGGGUUGCUGCAGAGAGCGCAGCGGAUGCAGGAGCAGCAGGGGUGGUGGCAACCGGGGUAGCAGCACAGGUGGCAACAGUAGUGGUCGCAGAGGGGCCAGAUGGCAUAAUGGGGUUGGGUGAAGCAGGUGCGGAAGAGGAGGAUGAGGAUGAGGAUGAGGAUGAGGGUGAGGGUGAGGGUGAGGGUGAGGGUGAUGGUGAGGGUGAUGGUUCUGCUGUGGGCGGGCAAGAAGCACGCGCAGAGGCAACUUGUGAGAGGCCUCAAACAGGCGAUGGUACCCAUGCAGAGGCGGGUAUGGGGGAGGAGGAGUCAUUACCAGUGCAGGGCGGCGGGCUGGCAGGGAACGCGGGAGGGGAGGAUAGAGGGGGGAGAAGGUGCGCUGAGAGGGGGAAGGAGGAGAGGACAGAGGGGGGGAGAAGGUGCGCUGAGAGGGGGAAGGAGGAGAGGACAGAGGGGGGGAGAAGGGGGUCCUCGCUGCGCCCUCCCUCUCCUCGCUGCUCCCUUCCUUUCCUCGCUGCUCCCUUCCUUUCCUCGCUGCUCCCUUCCUUUCCUCGCUGCUCCCUUCCUUUCCUCGCUGCUCCCUUCCUUGCUCACCUCGUAGCGCACGUCACUCCCGCCCGUUCCGCAGUCACUGUCGUCCCGCAUUCUCACCCGUUGCUCUCUCACCCUCCUCACGCGAGAACGAUGCCACCGCGCUCUCUCGCUCCCUCAAUCAAUCCCGUCCAUCUCUCACUUCCGUCCUCCUCUCACACCCGUCCCUCUCUCACACCCGUCCCUCUCUCACACCCGUCCCUCCCUCACACCCGUCCCUGCUGCCCCCAGGUGUCAUGUGGCAGGUGGGGUGGGCACCUCUCCAUACGUCCCUCGCUGCUUCCCCCGUCGCCACUCCCCUCUCUGCCUCUCUCGUCCAAUCCCUCUAAGCCCCUCUCCUCCUUUCCCCCAUGUCCUUCCCUCCGUUUCCCCCCUUUUUCAACUCUCCCUUUCCCCGUUUCCCCCUUUUGUCCCUCCCUCAUACUCAUUCCCCCUUGUCCUUCCCUCCGUUUCCACACUUGUCAUUCCCUCCCUAUCCCCUGUGUCGUUCCUUCCGUUUUCCCCCUUGUUUCUCCCUCCCUUUCCCCUGGUCCUUUUCUCCAUUUCACCCUUCUCCCUCCCUCCCUUUCCCCUACUCCUUCCCUCCGUUUCCCCCCUUGUUCUUCCCUCCCUUUCGCCCAUGUCCCUCCCCUUCUCUUACCCCGCCUAUCUUUCCCCCCUGGUCUGCCCCUUCAUUCCCCUUCUCCCGUUCAUCCCUUUUGCCCUCUUCCUACCCUUCCCCUCUCUUCUCUGCCCCGGUCUCACCUGACCUGA